GAUGACUCUUUUUCUCAAGGGUUACAGGCUCGACAUGUCCAAGAUAAAGAAAACUGUUCCCCUCGAACCAAACGGCCGGCCAGAUGACUGGGUGAUCCCCAUCGUCAACACUAUCCCGAGGGAUGCCUACAAAUACGUUCAAAAUGGCUACGAACCGGACGACAGUAUCAAUUUCAUGAUCGUUAUCGAGGAUGGGGUUGAUGAGCAGGAGUUAAUGAGGAGCCCAGUGACACCCUCAGACAAAACACUGGCUGCUAUUGGUCGUGACAUUUGCACGCCGGGCAUUUGGCCAUCAUUUGAUGGUCUUGAGUCUCCUAAGACGUUUUGGAAGAACUCGCAGAGCGUCACUAGCAGACUGCAGGAAUGGAAUGAAGAACAUGCAAAGGAUGCGUG